UCUCUUCCAAGACUGAAACUUUCCCUUGUCCUGACACACUCACUGGAAUAAAUAAUUGUGGGGUUCAACAACUAAAGCCAAAACCUUCAAGUCUUUUUUAUUACCUCACUGCAAAAAGUUCCAACUACAAACCCAAAACUGCUACCUUCAACACAAACACACAUAAACCAUAACAUCACAUUUAUCAUCAUCAUAGCUACUUCUCUAUCUUAUUAUUUCUAUUAUUAAUAUAUUAAUUUUUUUUUUACAUUUCUAUUCUUAUAUAUGCUCGCCGGCGAUGCCCACGCCGGUAAGCACAGCGAGGCAAUGCUUGACGGACGAGGCGGCGCGUGCGUUAGACGACGCUGUCACCGUGGCGCGUCGACGCAGCCACGCCCAGACGACGUCGCUCCACGCCGUCUCCGCCUUGCUGGCACUCCCCUCCGCCGCGCUCCGCGACGCCUGCGCCCGCUGCCGGAGCUGCUCCUACUCGCCGCGCCUUCAGUUCCGAGCGCUGGAACUCUCCGUCGGGGUCUCCCUCGACCGCCUCCCCACCACCAAGUCAUCCGCCGUGGAUGGCGGCGCCGAAGAGGAGGGUCCGCCGGUGUCGAACUCGCUCAUGGCAGCGAUCAAACGGUCUCAGGCGAACCAGCGUCGCCACCCUGACAGCUUCCACUUGAUGCAGAUGAUGCAGCAUCAGCAACAGCAAACGACGUCGUUGCUUAAGGUUGAGUUGAAGCACUUCAUUCUCUCGAUUCUCGAUGACCCUAUUGUGAGUCGUGUGUUUGGUGAAGCUGGCUUUCGAAGCUAUGAUAUUAAGCUUGCUUUGCUUCAACCUCCUCCACCUUCUAGAAUGUUCUCUCGCUCCACACGGUUGUCUCCUCCGGUUUUUCUUUGUAAUCUUGAACCGAUUCGGAACGGUUUGGGGCACCCUUUUGUGGGGUUUGAUGAGAAUUGCCGAAGGAUUGUUGAGGUGGUUGGGAGGAAGAGUAAAAGGAAUCCUCUUUUGAUGGGGGUGUAUGCAAAGAGUGCUCUUAAGAGUUUCGUGGAGUGUGUGCAAAUGGGUAAAGGUGGAAUUUUGAAUAGUGAACUUGGUGGGUUGAGUGUGGUUUCGGUGGAGAAGGAGAUUGGUGAAUUUGUGAGGGAAGGUGGGAGUAAUGAGAAGAAGAUGGGGUUGAGGUUUGAGGAGGUGGGUUGUUUGGUGGAGCAAUGUUCGGGUGCUGGUGUCGUUGUUUGCUUCGGGGAGAUUGAGGUUUUUGUUGGGGAAAUGGGGAAUGAUGAUGGUGGUGGUGGUGUUGGAUUUGUUGUUUCGCAGUUGACGAGGUUUUUGGAGGUUCAUGGGGGUAAGGUGUGGCUGUUGGGUGUGGCGGGAACCUCUGAAGCAUAUUCUAAGUUCUUGAGGUUGUUCCCUACUGUUGACAAGGAUUGGGAUCUACAUCUUCUGACCAUGACCUCUGCCACCCCUUCCAUUGAAGGACUCUACCCUAAAUCCAGCUUGAUGGGGUCCUUUGUUCCAUUUGGUGGGUUCUUUUCUACACCUUCAGAGCUGAAAAAUCCCCUAAGUUGUACGAAUGCGUCAUCUUUAAUUCGGUGUGACGCAUGCAAUGAAAAGUAUGAACAAGAAGUUGGUGAUAUUUUGAAGGUAGGUCCUGCUACUUCGGCAUGUGGUUACUCAACAAGCUUGCCUUGGUUACAAAAGGUUAAUGUGGACUCGGAUAGAGGAUUGGAUGUGGCAAAGACUAGUGAAGGAAACACAAGUUUGAAUGCUAAGAUCUACGGAUUGCAAAGGAAAUGGAGUGAUAUUUGUCAACGUCUUCAUCAAAACCGAUCAUUACCUGAAUUUGAAAUCACCAAAUCAAGGUUCCAGGCUCCAUCUCAUGAAGGACUUCAAUUUGGUUCAGGAAGUAGCAGCAAAGGUCCAUCCCAUAAUGAAAUCCAAUAUUCUAAUCAAAUUUCCUACAUGUCUAAAGAGUUACAAAGUGCACUUCCAUUCAAACAGAUACUACCAAUUUCAGUACCUUAUGAUACUGUUAGUAUCAAUGAUGAAGUUGACCACAUACAAAAAGUUUCAAAGACUUGGGCACCCCCUUCUUCUAAGACCAAUAUGAGUCUCCCAGACCUCACAUCAUCUUCAUCACUCACUCCUGUGACCACGGAUUUGAGAUUAGGAACUAUAUAUGCAUCAGCGACAGCUACUCAUGAGCCGGAUACGCCGAAAGUAAGUGAUCAUAAGAAGCAUCUUCAGCACUUGUCAGACUCGCUUUCAACUGAUUUUGAUGCCUUGAAUGAGAAUACUUCACACCAGAUAGCUAGAUCUUCUUCCUGCUCUGGUCCAAAUUUGGAAGGGAAAUUUGAAACAGUGGAUUUCAAGUCACUUUACCAUCUUCUCACUGAAAAAGUAGGGUGGCAGGAUGAGGCUAUAUAUGCUAUCAAUCGCACGGUGUCCCUUGGUAGAUCCGGUGCUGGAAAGCGCGGUACCUCACAUGUUAGAGCAGACGUAUGGCUUGCUUUCCUUGGACCAGAUAGGAUUGGAAAAAGAAAAACUGCUUCAGCACUUGCAGAAAUUUUAUUUGGAAACAAACAAAGCCUAAUCUCUGUGGAUUUGAGCUCCCAAGACAGGUUUUACCCAUCAAACUCGGUUUUUGAAUUCCAAAAUUCAUAUUGCCAUGAUGUGCUUAUGAGGAAGACAGUUGUGGAUUACAUUGCUGGGGAGUUGAGUAAAAAGCCACAUUCUGUUGUCUUUCUUGAAAAUGUAGAUAAAGCUGAUUUUGUGGUGCAAAAUAGUUUGUUCCAAGCGAUAAAAACAGGCAAAUUCCCUUACUCACACGGAAGGGAAAUCAGCAUCAACAAUGCAAUAAUUGUUGUAACCUCUGCUGUGUUGAAAGGAAGUGGUUCUUUUGAUCUGGAAGAGCAUAAACUUUUUCCUGAGGAAAGAAUCCUAGAAGCUAAAAGAUAUCAAAUGCAAUUAUCACUUGGACAUGCUUCUGAGAAUGCCAAAAGGAGUGGUUGCACAAAUGUAAAGGUUGCACAGAAAAAAGGGUCCUCCGAAACAAUAUUUCUGACUAAAAGAAAGCAAAUUGAAUGUGCUGAAUUCAAGGAGAAAGCGUCAUGCAAGACACUGAAACAGGUGGAGGAGGCAUCAAGGUCCUAUCUGGAUCUGAAUAUGCCUCUGGAGGAGGUUGAAGAGGGCAAUGAUUACAAUGAUCAUGAAAGUGAAUCCAUAGUUGAAAACCCUGAAGCCUGGUUAAAUGAUUUAUGCGAUCAAAUUGAUGAAAAAGUGGUGUUUAAACCAUUUAAUUUUGAUUUGCUUGCUGAGCAAAUAAUAAAAAUCAUUGACAUGCAAUUUCGAAAGAAGUUUGGAUCAGAGUUUAUGCUGGAAAUUGAGUAUGAUGUUAUGGCACAGAUUCUUGCAGCUGCUAUCUUAUCAGACAAGAAAAAAGCAAUGGAGGAUUGGGUAGAACAUGUUCUUGGUAAAAGCUUUGUCGAAGCUCAACAAAAGUACCACCCUUCACCUGAAUAUGUAUUGAAACUGGUUCACUGUCAAAGAAUUUUUGUGGAUAAACAUCCUCUUGGAGUAUGCCUUCCAGCUAAAAUUAAUCUGAACUGAAUUUUUGCUCUCACUAUGUAUUUUGUAAUUACUUGUAAAAUGUAGCUUUAGGUAU